CACCUAUCAACAGAAAGAGCUGAAUAUGUUGGCUCGGUCAUGUGAUCAGCUGUGUCCAAUCACAGCUGAUCACAUGGCACUGAUGAUCAGUGUGCCCUGAUGAUCAGUGUAGCCCCAUCAGUGCCACCUGUCAGUGCCCAUCAAUGCCAGUUGUCAGUGUUCAUCAAUGCCACCUGCCAGUGCCCAUCAAUGUGCAGUGCACAUCAAUGCCACAUAUCAGUGCCCCUCUGAGCUGCCUUUCAGUGUCACCUAUCAGUGCCAGUCAGUGCCACCUAUCAGUGCUGCCAAUCAAUGCCACCUAUCAGUGCCAGUCAGUUCCGCCUAUCAAUACCAGUCAGUGCCGCCUAUCAGUGCCCGUCAGUGCUGUCUAUCAGUGCCGCCUAUCAGUGCCAGCC